AUGAGCACCCCCAUCACACUCACUCCCCGAGGCACCGCCCCGACCUCCGCAACUGCUUCCCCGCUUACCGCGUCCGUGAUCAAGUUUCGAUGUCUGUACACACAUGACCUUCGUCGAAAGACCAAGCGCUGGCAGGAUGGCUAUCUCAAGUAUCAUGCCUUCAACAAGCGAGUCAUGGUCUAUGAUGAGACGGGGAAUUACAUCGGUGAUCAUCACUGGCGAGCCAACGAGGAAGUACAGGAUGGAGACGAGAUGGAGCUGGACAAAGGAGCCUUGAUUCAGGUCGGCGAGCGGAUGGAAACCACACAGACAGACUUGACAAAUUUGCUGGAAAAGAGGAAAUCCAGCCAAGGCUCUCCGCAGGCAAGUGGCUCCAUCUCGCAAACCCCACGCGCCUCGGCGCCCACCAGAUCCUCAGCUUCGUCCCAGCCAUUCCGCUCCCUCAAUGAAUUGUUGGGAAUCAAAAAGACCCAAGUCGGUCAUCUAGCCUCGCCAUAUGAAGAACGUCACUCUGUCGGGUCAUCUGCACCUACUUCCCAGGCGGAUGACCGGGCAUCUAAGCGGCAAAAGGUCCAAACGGCAGGGCCCGCGACCCGGAACAAGCAGCUCAGUCAGUCACCAGUUGUGGACCUGACGGGCCAAGAGGAUGAGUCGCCUCUGGCUGCAGUGCAGGAUCUCGAGAAAAGGAAGAAGCUAGCGCGCGAAAAGAACCUAGCCAGAGAGCAGCGAUUACGCAAUCUUGGAAACGAGCCCCAGAGGCCAUCAGCAGACAUGUCCCAGGAUAUAUUGAUACCAUCAACGAGUCCCAAGCCUUCGGCACGCUUGAAUCGCGGGGUGCAGGCCCAUCAACCGCCCAAGCCAGCCAAAGACCCUCUGUCAUCAUCCAACCCGUCUAGAGAAAGUACUGGGUUGCCGGUCAGCAAUACCGAUAACCGCAAGGCCCCGAUCAGCGGGCCAACGUCCCAAAGUCCGCAGGCCAGCUCUUCCAUCACUCCUCUAUCGAACCAGGCCACCACUUGCACAGACACGGGUCGAGCAGCUGCAGGCUCGCCGCAGAGAAAGCCAAGACUCGAGAAACCGACUACACAGGAUUCCACAGCAUUCAAAAAACCAGCUCUACCGGACGUCACGCGUGCCGUCUCACCACCACGGUCAAUGACAGCUGCACCCUCGAAAGAAACCGAGACUGUUUUUUCAAACUCCGCAUGCGCAGCCGUAAAUCCCACGAAAGGGCCUCUGUCAAAACCACCAUCCACAAUGCUUCGUCUAGCGAGCGGGAAGCCGCGCCGCAAGCUAAUGUACAGCGCGCUUCUUCCAAGCGACUCGUCUCAAGGGUCAACAUCAGAACAGCAGCCUACAUCGUCUGUGGGAUCAAUGUCCUCGUCUUUUCCAGGCCGCAACAAACUAAAGAUUAAAUCAAGAGAAUCCCAGGACUCCACAGCUCCGGUCCAGGUUGAGGCUUCUCCUGCAGAGUUCUUGCCAUCCGCUUCAACCCAGUUCGUCCUCGAAGAAAUGAUGGCACCAACUAUUGGCCCAAGCUCCAUUCCACCCAAAGAGGAAUUUCAACGCAGUUCCUUGAUUGCGAAUCAGCCGCCGAAAGCGCCAGUACGAAGAGCUCUCGACGCCCCUCUCCGGAAAUCACUUUCGGAUCCGAGCACGUUGACCCCUGGCCAACCCCGGCCGGUGUUGACUCGAAGUGCAUUAAGUGCAGUCCCGGAGCAUCAUGAACCUGUUGAAGAAGGCCCGUGGACAGCUGAAGCUCUUGAUCUAUUUGAUUUUUGGCCGCCUGGUCGUCCCAAGCCCUGA